AAAGGGCAGGCCUGCGCCGCGUUCAGUGCGCCGACCGACCGACCGGCUUUGGAAUCGUUGGCGGCGGGUUGUUUACUUUCAGUCGGCAGUUGGGGAGGGCAGCGGCAACAGGAGGAGGCAGAGGCGGCAGGGGUAAAGGCGGCGGGCUGAACGAGAUCGUGAGUUAACGUCGAGUGCAAUAACAACAGCAGCAGCAGCAGCAGCGGAGCGAGCGUGUUGGGGGAAGGAAGCGACGGGCGGGCGUUUCUGCUGAGGCAGCGAGGAUGAUGCAGCAUCACCAGGCCUGCAGUCGCUACCAGGCGUUGCACAAUGAAGAUGAUUCUUCACAGUCACCUGAAGCAAUUCAGCCAGAUGUUCCCAUGGCUCCUUCUGAAACAUUGCCAUCUGAAACGGAGGUACCACCACCACCUUACAGCAGUGUCACGCUGGGAGCAACUGCAUCCGCCACAGAAACAGACUUCCAGAGUGAGCUGAUGCCAGUGCCACCCCCUUAUAGCGUUGCUACCUCUCUUCCGACUUACGAUGAAGCAGAAAAAGCUAAAGCAGCUGCAAUGGCAGCUGGGGCAGGAGAAGUUGGACAAAGAUUUAGGGAGCCUAGGAAUCUGUUUGAUGAAAUUCUACAAGGUACAUCUCAGGAGGAAGAUUUUCCACCACGAGAUGACUUCAACGAUGCUGACCAGUUGCGAGUUGGUAAUGAUGGCAUUUUCAUGUUAGCAUUUUUCAUGGCAUUCCUGUUUAACUGGAUUGGCUUUUGUCUCUCAUUCUGCCUCACCAACACCAUAGCAGGCCGUUAUGGUGCAAUUUGUGGGUUUGGAUUGUCACUGAUAAAAUGGAUUCUGAUUGUAAGGUUUUCUGAUUAUUUCAAUGGCUAUUUCAAUGGCCAAUAUUGGCUUUGGUGGAUAUUCCUUGUUCUUGGGUUGCUGCUGUUUUUCAGAGGUUUUAUCAACUACCUGAAAAUCAGAAACAUGUCUGAGAACAUGGCUGUAGCACACAGGACCAGACUUUUCUUCAUAUACUAGAGAAGAAUGCAUCUGUAGAAGACUAAAAUGGAAAUGAGGAAGAUGAUGGAAAUCCCAAAUGAUUAAUCUUAUAAUUUUGUAUCUCCUAGAAUGUGGCUAGUGAGCAACUUGAACAUUCCUUCCUAAUGUGACAUGUCCAGAUAUGCUUCAAGCUGCCAAGUUAUUUGCUUGUAAAACUACUGAAGAAUAAACAAGAUGUUACCACAAAAUCUAAGCAAAGUACUUAAUUGAAAGACUCAUUACAAAAUGAGUCAAUGUUCUGAAUUGCUUGAUGGUUGAAUCUUAUCCUUUCAGAUUUGAAAUAAAAAGUGAAUAUACACAAAGCCCUUUUGAAUAUCAAUAAGUUCUGAAUUACUACUUGUUACUCAAGACAUAGAGUGAAGCCAUCCUUGUUUCAUGAAUUAUUGACCACAAUGUUUAUGCUAUAGAUGUUGAUAAGUUUGUAACUGGAUAUCCAAAGGGCUUUAUCUCUUGCCUACUUGGCCAUAAUUUAGAAAACAAAUCUAGAAUUAAUUAAAAUGAUUGAUAUUUAAAAGCAGCCCUUUGCAUUGUUAAGGUAGUAUAUUUAAAAAAAAAAAGAUUUACUGGAAUUGAAAUUAGAGGUCUGUUGACUUUCUUGACAUGCCUUUAUAAACUUUCAGAGCAGGAAGUAACCCCAUGUAUUUGUAUGGUUUUAAGCUUUUGAAAUGGCUUUGCUGAUUUGUUUUUCAUUAUUCACUUUUUACAAUUGACUAUUGCAUGACAUGAAAUUGCUUUGCUAACACUAUUCUCUUAUCUGCUCAAAUGUUGCAUCAAAUUGUUAGGAAAAUGUAACUGGAAUUUAAUUAAUAACUUUCAAUGGUAAAUUGUUGCAAUAGCUUUUUACACCAUUUUAUAAACAUGCUUCAUUUGCCUGAGUUUCUUUUUAAAGUCAAUCAUCAAAUCAAAUGACUAUUUUGAAAGGAUUGUUCAUUUCAAUGUAUGCUUUUUAAACAAAAAAAACUUUAAAGAAAGUAAUAAAGUCAAAAGGGUAUUUUAAGAACAUUUGAAAUCAAGGAUGGUGAUUUGUUAUGAAUUUGCAAAAGAUGUAAGUGCAGUAUUCUGCACGCAAAGAUUUGAAGAAUAGAUGCUGAUUUGAUCAUUUGGAUUUCAGCAAUUCAGAUUAAAAAGAAAUUAGCAGUAUGGUUUUGUUUCCGAAUUUGAAUAAAAGUGCGUAUGAAAUA